GGGACUCAUGUUCAAAGUCAACACAGACUACGAAUCUAGUUUAAAGCAUUUUCAGCUGGCUUUGAUCGACUCCAACCUCUGCACUUUGUCCAAAGCUGAAAUUCAGUUCCACAUCGCUCAUUUGCAUGAGAUCCAGAAGAAAUACAGAGCGGCGAAAGAAGCGUAUGAAAGUCUGCUGCAGACGGAAAAUCUUCCUGCACAGGUGAAGGCGACUACACUGCAACAACUUGGCUGGAUGCAUCACACAGUGGAGCAGCUGGGGGACAAAGGCACCAAGGACAGCUAUGCCAUCCAGUGUCUGCAGAAGUCUUUAGAAGCCGACCCAAACUCUGGCCAGUCCUGGUACUUUCUCGGCAGGUGCUACUCCAGUAUUGGGAAGGUGCAGGAUGCCUUCAUCUCAUACCGUCAGUCCAUUGAUAAGUCGGAGGCCAGCGCUGACACCUGGUGCUCCAUAGGGGUGCUCUACCAGCAGCAGAACCAGCCUAUGGACGCACUGCAGGCCUACAUCUGCGCCGUUCAACUGGACCACAGCCACGCAGCCGCCUGGAUGGACCUGGGUACCCUUUACGAAUCCUGCGGCCAGCCGCAUGACGCUAUCAAGUGUUACAUCAAUGCUACGCGCAGCAAGGCCUGCCUCAACACUGCUGCACUCACACAACGCAUCAAACUGCUGCAGGCUCAGUUGUGUAACCUACAGCCAGGUAGUCUGCAGAAUAAGAGUAAAAUGCUUCCUAGUAUUGAGGAGGCGUGGAGCCUACCCAUUCCUGCUGAGCUCACAUCCAGGCAGGGGGCCUUGAACACUGCACAGGCACAGCAGGCCUGUAAGGGGGAGGGAGGCCAGUCUGCCAGCAAUCACACAGACCCACAGGCCAGUCCUGCCAAGAGGAAACGCACUGCCAGCCCAGCUAAGGGUGCUGCAGACUCAUGGGCAAACAGUCCCAGUCAGCAGCAGAUCCCCAGCUGGUACCUAACGCCACAGAAGCCACAGCCCCCCCAGGUGCAGAUGUUGGAGCAGCUGGAGAAUCAGUACUCUCAUAUGCAACAGCAUCAGCAGCCGAUGAGGCAGCAGGCAGCAGCGGGUGGCCAGCCACGGCCCGGCCUACCCAACGGUCCUUUGGCUGAGCCCUCUAACCACGCAGGCCUCUCCCGCGCCUCCCCCCUCAAUCACACAGCCACCCGGCCCCCGUGUGUCACCCAGCCCACAGCCAACGGAUCCUGCUGUUCGAGUCCUUCAGCGGGGCUGCUGGGACACACGGACAAAAAUCACACCCUGGGACUGGGAGGUGGUGGCGCGAGCAACGGAAACGUGCCUUACCCGCAGCAGAACUCUCUACCUCACAACUGCACAGCCGCCAGUCACCCUAGCACCAGCAGCACUACCAGUAGUCCCAGUCAUCCAGACGAGACAUGGAGGAGCCAACAACGCAACACUACCACUCAGGGGCUUCAAAAAGGUCCAGGUUCACAUUCGGCAGGUCCCAAUGGAGAACCCCCUUUCUCUUCCUCCUCCCCUCAGACCUCGUUCUCUUCCUCUGGCAUUCUGAAUCAGGUUGGACAUUCCUCUGGGCCCUGCACUGCCUCCUCCUCAGCCUCCUCUUUGUCCCCCACGUCUCCCCAGACCACACCCAACCACUUGUCCUCGCCUCCCCACUCCGCAACUACCUCAGGGGUCCACACCAAAGACACCACGCCUUCAGGGGGCAAAAAUGGCAGCAACGGAUCAGCUGCCGCUUUGCCAUCAGGUCCGGAGGCUGCCGUCAGGCAUUCCGGAGGGACACCCCUAAGUCCCGGCACCACCCGCGUGCAGGGAUUGACUAAUCACGUCCAGCCGCGGGUGACAGACAGCUCUGCUAGCCUGUCUCAGCCAGGCUCUCCUGCCCCCGGCGUGCUCAGUUCAGACAAUCCUCAGCUCUCAGCCUUGCUAAAGGGAAAAGCCAAUGCUACCAGUAACGACGAUAACAAUAACUACAGUAACCAUGGCGAGCCUUCCUCAGAGAAAAUCAACAACGUCCACCCAGAUCUCCACGGUGCCGCUAAGCCAGAGCAGCCGCUACUUUUAACCACCACCACGUCCUCUCCACACUCUGCAGACCUGCACACCACCAACAGCCUCUCCUGCCUUAACAGUCCGUCCAACACCGACAGCCAGGGGCCCACUGUCAAUGGGAAGGGGCUGGGGGACUCCCAGAGCCCACUGAAGGUAAAGCCUUCUGGGGGAGCUCAGAGACGCACUGUCCCUGCUGGUCUGGCACCCUGGUCCUCUGUUUCCAUCUACCCCAGCUCCAGUGAAGUGCUCAAAGCUUGCAGGAACCUGGGGAAGAACGGCCUGUCAACGAGCAGCAUCCUCCUGGACAAGUGUCCCCCUCCGCGACCCCCUCACCCGCCCUCUCCUCCGCUGCCAAAGGACAAACUCAAUCCCCCAACGCCCAGUAUUUAUCUCGAAAACAAGAGGGACGCCUUCUUCCCUCCCCUCCAUCAGUUCUGCACUAACCCUGCCAACCCGGUCACUGUCAUCAGAGGACUGGCUGGAGCGCUCAAACUAGAUCUGGGCUUGUUCUCUACUAAGACGUUGGUGGAGGCCAACCCGGACCACCUGGUGGAGGUGCGGACCCAGCUGGCUCAGCCCACCGAUGAGAACUGGGACCCCAGCGGCACCAAGAAGAUGUGGCGCUGUGAGAGCAGCCGCUCCCACACCACCAUCAUCAAAUACGCCCAGUACCAGGCCUCCUCCUUCCAGGAGUCUCUGCGGUGUGAUGCGGCGCAGGAAAGGGCCAUUCAAACACCUAAAGUUUGGAACCAACAUUGACCUCUCUGAUGAAAAGAAGUGGAAACAGCAGCUUCAGGAGUUGUCUAAAUUGCCAGCUUUUGCCAGGGUGGUGUCAGCCGGUAACCUGCUCAGCCAUGUAGGGCACACCAUCCUUGGCAUGAACACAGUCCAGCUCUACAUGAAGGUGCCAGGGAGCAGGACGCCAGGUCACCAAGAGAACAAUAACUUCUGCUCAGUCAACAUCAACAUCGGUCCAGGGGACUGUGAAUGGUUCGCUGUGCCUGAGACGUACUGGGGUGUCAUCAACGACUUCUGUGAAAAGAACAACAUCAACUUCCUGAUGGGCUCCUGGUGGCCCAACCUGGAGGACCUGUACGAGACCAACGUGCCUGUUUACCGCUUCAUCCAGCGUCCCGGGGACCUGGUGUGGCUCAACACAGGCACCAUUCACUGGGUGCAGGCCAUUGGCUGGUGCAACAAUAUUGCGUGGAAUGUUGGACCCCUCACAGCCCAUCAGUACAAGCUGGCAGUGGAGCGCUACGAGUGGAACAAACUGCAGAGCGUCAAAUCCAUCGUUCCCAUGAUCCACCUCUCCUGGAACAUGGCCCGGAACAUCAAAGUGUCAGACCACAGGCUCUUUGAGAUGAUCAAGUAUUGCUUGUUACGGACUCUGAAGCAGUGUCAGAUGCAGCGGGAACUGCUGCUGGCUGCUGGGAAAGAGCUGGUGUGGCACGGGAGGACCCAGAAUGAGCCGGCACAUUAUUGCAGCAUCUGUGAG